GGCUUCGGGCGGACGUGCCCCUGGCGCAGGCGCGUUGGGCCGGCGUGGCGGUCGGGCCGGCGGUCUCGGCUGGGACUUCAGUUGUUUCUGCGCGGUUCUGCUCUCGGCUGGGACUUCGGUUGAUUGUACAUAACAGAGAAGAUGACAGCUCCCUGAUAGCAGGAGAAUCGUUUCUGAUCUACUUGGUGGAAUGUUGUACUGCCAUCAGGAAUGCACAAGUGCUUCCCCGCACGGGGUGUCAUGGAAGGGCUGCUGUCGAGAUGCAGGGCACUGCCCGCCCUGACCACCUGCGGCCGCCAGCUCUCUGGGUACGUUCCUCACAGGUUUUACCACUGUGGCCCAGAGAGAGGGAAGCGCUUGGUGCUGUCCCGCAUGUUCCAGCCCCAGAACCUUCGGGAAGACCAGGUGCUCUCUCCUGAGGGCAGAUCUGGCGACCUGAGCUGUAAGAGCCAGCGGCUGAUGCUGCAGGUGGGUCUGAUCCACCCGGCAAGCCCCGGCUGUUACCACCUCCUGCCUUAUACCGUGCGUGCCAUAGAGAAGCUCGAGCGGGUGAUAGACCAGGAGAUGCAGGCCAUCGGGGGACAGAAGGUCAACAUGCCCAGCCUCAGCCCAGCAGAGCUCUGGCGCGCCACCAAGCGGUGGGACUUGAUGGGCAAGGAGCUGCUAAGACUUAGAGACAGACAUGGCAAGGAAUACUGCUUAGGACCAACUCACGAGGAAGCCAUCACGGCCCUGGUUGCCUCCCAGCAGACACUGUCCUACAAGCAGCUUCCGUUCCUGCUGUACCAGGUGACAAGGAAGUUUCGGGACGAGCCCAGGCCCCGCUUUGGUCUUCUUCGCGGCCGAGAAUUUUACAUGAAGGACAUGUACACCUUCGACUCCUCCCCAGAGGCCGCCCUGGAGACCUACAGCCUGGUGUGCGGGGCCUACAGCAGCCUGUUCCACAGGCUGGGGCUACAGUGCAUCAGGGUCCAGGCGGACGUGGGCAGCAUCGGGGGCACCACGUCUCACGAGUUCCAGCUGCCAGCCGAGGUCGGGGAGGACCGGUUUGCGGUCUGUCCCGGCUGCGGCUUCUCGGCCAACAUGGAGACGCUGCACUCGUCGCAAACCAGCUGCCCUGCUUGCCGGGGACCACUGACCGAAAGCAGAGGCAUUGAGGUGGGGCACACGUUUUACCUGGGCACCAAGUACUCCUCCAUUUUCAGUGCCCAGUUUACCAACGCCCACGGCAAACCGUGCCUGGCCGAGAUGGGCUGCUAUGGCCUGGGUGUGACGCGGAUACUGGCUGCCGGCAUUGAGGUGCUGUCCACCGAAGACUCUGUUCGCUGGCCCAGCCUCCUCGCGCCUUACCACGUGUGCCUCAUCCCCCCGAAAAAGGGCAGUAGGGAGGAGGCGGCCACCGAGCUCACGGGCGGCCUGUACGACCUCAUAACGGAGGCAGUGCCGCAGCUCCGUGGUGAGGUCCUGCUCGAUGACAGGACCCAUCUGACCAUCGGAAACAGACUGAAAGACGCCAACAAGUUUGGGUACCCCUUUGUGAUCAUCGCCGGCAAGAGGGCCCUGGAGGACCCUGCCCAUUUUGAAGUCCGGUGCCAGAACACCGGUGAGGUGGUCUUCCUCACCAGAGAAGGAGUCACGGAAUUUCUGAGCCAAGUGCAGGUCAUCUGAAUACCCCCGAGCCACCCCCACCCCAUCUUGCAGCCUUAGUGUUCAUUCGGAUGGUCUUUUCCUGCACUCCUUCCCAGGGCCGGCCUCUCCAGGUACAAGGCAGCUCAUGGAAGGGGGAGCAUGUUAGGGAAACCGACUUUUAUCCAGUCCUUUGUUCCUAUUCUUUGUAUUUGAAGUUGGUGAUUCCAUUCUCUGGACUGGCAGUGUUGCCACAUAGCAUUCCUCUUAUAUUCCAUUGUGGAGGCUUGUGGGUUAGGGGGCAGAGGGGCAAGAGAGAGCCGCUCAUCCUGACCCUCAGGCGAGUGGCUUCCCUUCUCUGCCGAGUUUCCCGUGUGGAGGAUGCGAGUGGCCCGUGGCCAAGGCCCU